GGGAGCAUCGUCCAGUGGUGUGAGAGCGGCAGACAGAAAAGGACUGUCCUCCCUGAAAGACUGCAGCCCAGUCAAGCAUGUCGCUUUUCCGUUUUCUGAGAGUUCCUCUGCUGAAAAACAAAAGACUGCGAGGUUUCAAAUGAGUGUACAGAGCCACAGAUAGAAGCGUUUUGUGUUUUAGCUGAAGAAAGAAGAGGAAAAUGCUCCGUUGGGUUCACCAGCCGCUUCUGCCGCCUCUGCUGCUGCUGCUCGUGAUGUGUGAAGUUCAGACUCAAGUGGAAAACCGAGUGGUUUUCCUGCCGGGAACCUUUCAAAACGUGAGUGUCUCCCAGAACGAGACGGUGCAGGCCGUGGUCUCCAGGAUCCCCCCAGAGGUCUCUUUCAUCACCCUGCAGUUUCACACGCAGCACCGCAAUGCAACGCUGUCCUACACCAGGGUUCCAGACCUGGGUCUCUCUGUGUCAGCCGUGGACGCAGGGCUCCUGUCGACUCUGCUUCCCAGCCAAACCGCCCUCUCCUUGUUCCUGUUGUCCUCAAAUGGUGACUCUGUGACUGGCACUGGGGUCAUCCUCCCAUACUCCAACACCGAUCCAGUCCCUGGAGCUUGUAACACAGAGUUCAACCUGGACGUCGACCCAAACGUCUACAUUCACUACAACCUGUAUGAGACCACCAUCCGCUUUGCACCGGCAAAUUUAGGAUACGAGAGGGGUGAAGAUCCUCCACCCUGUGAUGAAUCCACAGAGCCCAGCACACGCUGGCGCCUGCAGUACGACAUCUACCAGUACUUCCUGCCUGAGAACGACCUAUCAGAACGCAGCCUUUUCAGCAGCGUCCAGGAGGUUGCGGACAUCAACGGCAUGGUGCAGAAUGGCAAGCGGGUGAUGACGCUGUUCUCACCAGAUGUUAGCUCUGCGGUCUUUAACUCCAUUCCCGGUCAGGGCGUCAUCUACUCGGUCAUAGUCAGAGACCCUCUGCUGAACACCUCGGCCUCCUACGUCCCCGUCCACACCUACGCCUGCAGCUUCGCCUCCGCUCUGGAUGGGUGCCAAACCCUUGGAAAAAUCUCUACAAAGGUUUUCUUCACCAUCACUGGCCUGGCAGGCCUGUUUGUUUGCUUCUUUGGACAUCGGUUCUUUAAAAUCGAGCUGUUCUGCAUGGGGUUCAGCUUCGCAGCGUUUUUCUCCUUCGUGCUGAUCACAAGGACAACAAAACUGGACUAUGACAUCUGUCUGGCGUUGUCAGCAGUGAUCGGCGUGGUGGGCGGGGUCCUCCUCGUAAUGAGCUGGUGGCGUUUUGGUUCGGUCAUGGCCUGCAUCGUCGUGGUUGGUCUGAUGCUUGGUUUCCUCCUCGCUGCCACCAUCCUCUUCACUCCUCUUGGGGACCUUGACGUGUUCAGGCACUCUGACGUGGUUUUCUGGGUGACGUUCUGCUGCAUCAUGGUCAUCGUCCCGCUCUUCUUUGUGCGUUGGCCAAGAGAGGGGAACAUCAUUACGUGCGGUGUUGUCGGUGCUUACGCUGUCAUUCUGGCCAUAAACGCCUACAUCUACACCAGCCUCUCCUACAUCGCUCUGAACAUCCUCAAACGCUUCCUCAACAACAACUUCAGCGCUGUGUUCACUGACGUGCCCUUCCAAGUUAUAGACUACGUCAUGAUCACGGUGUGGGUGGUCCUUGGCAUUGGGGGUAUCGUCUUGCAGCUCUACCGGGAGCGCUCUCGUCCGUUCUUCCCUCCCAGCCCGUAUCUCAUGUGGCUGCAGGACCGCGAGCGCCGCAGAACCAACGUCCUCGAUCCAAGCCAUCAUUUCCCCCCGCUGCCGAACCGCAUCAUGGCCCGAGCACGGCAGCUCACCAAGAGGAGCGAUGCAGCCGGAGAACACACACCUCUGCUACUUUAAAGCACACACACGCACAGCGUCUCUGUGUUCAGGCAGAUUGUUACAGGUACUGUUCAGAUCCUCUCUGGGAUACAUUUUUGGCCUCCUUGAGGAGACUCAGACCACCAAGUGACAAGGAACCCAGAGAGACUUUUGUGGUCUGUAGAGAUGCAUUACCUCAUCAUCGUUGCUGGGACUUGACCUAAGAUCAGCUGAUUGAGCUUCAGAAGACAAGCAGCACUGAGGGGAUUAAAUCACUGACACUUCAGGUGCAUGGGGAUUUUUAAACCUUUUGUACCAAGACUGAAAGCCACUUUUUUUUUAACACUUAAAAGACAUUUGAGUAAUCACAGAAUCUUACAAAGAAGAACUGAAGAAUGUUCUCUGAAUGUGUUUUUCAAUAACUCAUGUGCUUCAUGGUGUCUGUCUGAUGCAUCUGCUCCUUUUACUGUUUGCACUAAAUCCACAAACUACUAAAGCUUACAGAGUGAGGCAUUUUACCUUCAUUAAUACAGAAAAUGAAUAACUGAUGAUGUUCUGUUUGUCCAUGGACUGUUUAGGAGAAGUGGGCGGAGCUUGAGGGUCUGAAAAGUGCAGCCAGUGUGGACCUGAGAGUAGAGUGCAGAGGUUUGAUUGUAUGACAGCACAGCACAGGCUGUAUAAAACAUGGACGUGGUCUCAGGAACGUCACUACUUGGUUUCUGAGGAGGCGUGAUGAAGUGCAGAGAGAGCAAACUGGAAAUGCUGACUCCAAUCUAAAAAGGACAGAGGUGGAUUUUAGACCUUAGCCCAGCCGCUUUGCAAGACUAUGACGCAUCCACCUGUCAGUCAAGUCAGCCACGACCCUAACGAAGACUAAUAAUGCAUAACUCUUAGCCUAAUAUAUGAGUUAUGUAAAAAUGUACCCCAGGACAGUUGUUAUGAAUAAAGAAACGCGGUAUAGAGACAAAA